AUGAAACGAGUUGGUCGUGGACCGUUUGCACCUCCAGACGCAAUUCUGGGAGGCAUCCCAACAGCAAAGCUGGACGUACCGAUCACAGUUGUCUUCUUGGUCCUCUUCCUCAUAGGAGCCGCGACGCACAUGACGAUCUACAACAUCAAUUCCAAGCGAGGUCACAAGUUCAUCCUCUCAGAUCUAUUCUUUGAUUUCUGCAUGGUACGGACAGUCACGACAACGAUGAGAAUCGUUUGGGCUUUCCGCUCCAUGAACAACAGCGUCGUCCUCGCUGCACUUAUCUUCGAGAACGCAGGUGUGAGCGUAAUAUUCGCCAUCAACCUAGUCCUAACUCAGCGGAUCCUGCGUGCCAUCCAUCCCAAAAUAUUCUGGCAUCCCGCAACGAGCACUUUCUUCACGCUCCUCCUGGUCUCCGUCCCUUUCUUUAUAAUCUUCAAUAUCGCAGUCCUAACCGCCUCCUUCUUCGUAACCACCGCGUCCGGCGCAAAAGCAACCAAGGACCUGCUCUUCUUCGGCUCAUCCUGGAACCUCUUCCUCUGUGUUUUCCCGCUCCUAACCCUCUCCACCUUCGCCGUCCUCCCAUCGCCGACCCCCAUCGAGAAAUUCGGCACGGGGAGAUUCAGAACAAAACUCGUAAUGCUAGUCUACUCGUCCGCCACACUCUUCAUCGGCGCCGUAGUGCGGCUCAUCGCCGCUGCACAAUCGCACCCAAUAAACGACCCCGGACAAGUCGACACGAAAACGAUCUUCUACCUAACCGGAUUUAUGCUCGAGAUCUUCGUCGUGGUCCUCUUCGCUGCCGCUCGUUUUGACCUGCGGUUCCACAUCCCGAAUGGCUGCACCGGUCCCGGACAAUAUUCCGUCCCGAAGGAGGAUGACAAGGAAGGGCUGUUCCAGGAUGUCGAUGUCAAGAUGCGCAUGUCGUACGGCUCUGCUCAGGAAAUAUCCCAAUCAAAAGGGUAUGGAAAUGGGGAUAUUAAUGGCUUCCCGAUUUCUCCUGGGAGAUGGCAGGAUAUAUCGCCAGAUCGAACGAAUGCUACACGCGAGCAGGUUCGACAGGCGAUCUUUGAUCUGAAGCUGAAGCAUGAUUUGGUCGGGGAUCCGAUCGAUUCAGGGGAUAGUGAGUUAUUGGUUUACGCAUUUAGGGUGCGGAAGCUGAGUGGUGGGGGGAGUGAUGGGAGUGCGAGUCCGGAGACGGGAAUGAGGCCGAGGAGGCCGCCUAGAAGCUCGGCGUGGAUGGGGAGGGUGAGGAGCCCGGGGGGUGGGGAGAAUAAGAUGCUUUAG